AAUCUCGAGGCGGUGAGGAGGUCCGCCGCCUCUAGCGGCACUUGCCCUGCGAGUGCCGCGUUGGUCACUUCUGUGAGCAGGUUCAGGACGUCAGCGUUCGAGGCGGCUGCGUCCCGCAGAUGUUCGAAGCACAUACCGCUUGGCCCCGCCCCGACCCUAUUCGGGCUCCGUCGAAGUACGGUUCUGAGCUCUCGUGGGGUGAUGGUGAGAAGCGGCUGCUGCGGCUCUGUGAUGGCGUCGGUAGGUGGUGUGCUUGAGAAUGUCGCCCAGUUGGGGAGGGCGUGUUCGGCGGCGGGGUGUUUGUCUCGGAGGGCGUUAAGUGUCUCCAGGUCCGGCUUCCUCGUCGACGUGGUUGCGAGUGUCAGGCGAGGGAGGAGGAGUAACAGGCGCCAACCUCCUCUGCUGUCCCUGUUACGCGCGAGGUGUAGCAGCGGUGUCAGCAGGCAGGACGCGAACUCCGCCAGGAUUUCGCGCGUUUACCCCGAUUGGAGGGGUAUAAGUGGGGUCGUUUGCGUGUUGAAUUUCAUCGUCCUCAUCAUCAGCCCCCUCCGUGUUCCCUUCCGCUGCUCCCCGCGUAGCUCCUCCUCCUGUCCCCCCGGCCCCUCUGGCUCCCCCUCCGUCGAGGGGGUUCGCCGGUGGUCCCGACUCCUCUCCCCGCGGGGUCCUCCAACCGCCUCCUCUGCUUCCUCCAAAGUCGCCAGCGGGACCACCAGCCGCUGUCGGACACGACGUCGUAUCGGGUUAGGGCGUGUCCGCGGGGUCUCCGCCACUGCCGUUUCGUCCGAUGAAGCGUCCCCGCGGGGGCGCCGCGGCGGGCUCUCGGGCAGGGUCACCUCCGACCGUAGUGCCCGGAAGACGAAGGGACCGCUCUCCGCCUCUCUCCGGUCGUCCUCAGGGGUCGGGUUUGCGGCGCCCGGCGAUCUUGGCCGCUUGCGCGGCGGUGCUUCGGGCUUUGGAGAGUCGGGCCGGGGCCCUUGUCCCGCCGUCGGCUUUGGAGGUGUAGUAGGUGGGCGGUUGUCUGGCGUGUAGGCCAGGUCCCCGCCAUCGUGUGCUGUGGGUGGCGCCGUAGCCAUAGGUUAUUUGCUAGGUUGUAGCCCCCUGUGGAGGCAUGCUUGUAUGCUGUAAUGUCCCUGGUUUUGGAGUGGAUCCCUGUCCCCACUCCUUC